GUUGCCACGUGUCCAUCUAGCCAGUAACGUGACGUCUAAGCUGUAGAGACUUGUCCUGCGCGUUAAGAUGAUACGGCUCAUCCCGGGUCAUGUGUCAGGGCUGCUGGUAUGCAUUGUAUGCCAGUGAUUGCAUUAAAAAUCAAAGGUCAUUUGCGAAUCUUUAAUCGGCAAAACAGUCGACAGGAGACACUGAUUUGCGUUUGUCACCCUAAGCAGAUGGUGACAUUGAUGCACAUGCAACCAGAAAAACUGCAUUUCUGUCCUUUUCGCUCAUAAAUGCCUUGCUGGCAUGUUCGUCUCUCUUCCAUCCUUCACCAGUCACUACACCUUCUGCAAUCAUCUCAUGAAGGCGCUGCUCCUGCUCAACCUGUCCCUGGCACUCUUGACAACGAGAGCCGCCAAAGGCAAACCCGAUCCACCUCCCCUACAGCGGGAGAUGGCCUCUGCACUUACCUUGUCGAUGAAUCGAUGGCCGGCGAAAUAAUCGAAACGACUAGGCGCCUGUACUUUGGCUAUCAUCCUUGGACAUCGCAGAAGGGUAUCGAGAAUAUGGUGACCCUCAACCCUGGAAAUGGAAAUGACCACUUGCCGGUCGUGCUCGCCUGCGUCCUUGCUCGUAACCUUCCCAAUCUUCCUAACGGUGCAUCCGAUACCAUGCAUGUAUGCACUUCAGAAGCCACCUUUCCAUGGCCUGACUGUGUCAAGUCUCAGAACGUCUUGCUCAUGCUUUUCAAUCAGUAUCAGCUCACGAGGGGCGUGCCAAUCCCGGAGCACAACAGGUUCAAAGAGUUUGGUUAUAAGGAUCGUAAGUUCUACGUUCCCGAUGUCUCGCUUUUCAACAACAACUCAGCGCGCAUGCAGGUGGACUACUUUCCGCUCGAUGCAAACACUACAAACACUAAAGCAACAACUAUCGAAUCGGAUCAGCCGGACACGUACAAGAAUCUGGCGUGCUGGUUUGGAAGUGAAGCGAGUCAUCUUCCCAAGGUGUCAGAUGAACUCUUCUGCGCAGAUCGUGGCACCCUCCCAGCUGAGCUCAGCAGCUACUUCUGCUUGUUGGAGCAGAAUAUGCAGUAUGAUUCGCAAGACCAGAACAGCAAGCCAGAGCCCAAGAUUAGGUUUCAUUGCGAUUCGGCCGACAAUCUUGCGCGCACGAAUCCACCCUCGGGCACGAAUCCACCCCCUGGUUCAAACCCGGACGACAAGGAGCUUUUACCGGACGGAAAUCCUGUUGCCGACACUUGCGCUCCUGACCUGAAAGGCAAGUACACUCUGCUGGACAAGACGAAGUACAAGUCGCCGUACUUCAAUUACUACAUCUACACCGAUUUGCAGAAGAUUCCAGCAAAUGUUGUAUCGAAUGCAUUCAUCUCCAUCAGGCGCGACCUGAGUGCCCUGGACGAUCAUCUCGUUGGUCCUCUCUACUGCGUUGAGGGCCACGAUCCGAGCGCUCUGGAUAAUCCUGACGCCAAGAGCCCCAUCUGCGUCUAUGACCCUCGUGACUGGCCUGACUGUUUUGUGGCGCACUGUGUCAUCACAUUGGAUACGCAGAACAACUUUGUUCCAAGGUGCAUGAAAAAGGUGGUCGACACGCCAUCUGAUUGUCCUUACAGAGCUCCCCACGACAUGCUCUACCAACCUCGCACUCAGUUCGAGUAUUUUGAGGUUGGCGAUGGCGUCAACCCAUUCCACCGAUACCACAGCAACGCCGAUGGCAAAAACAAUGAUGGGAGUUUGCAGAACAUGCAGUGUGCAUUGAAAGAAAGCCCCAUCCAGCUUGUCAAGGAGGACAAUCCACCACGACGCGCCUUGACAUGCUGGCCCAAGGACACAAAGAGGCCUCUCGCCGUUGACGACUGUCUCAAAACUGUUUGCACAUUCACUAUUGGUACAGUUGACAAUCUUGGCACUGUCUUCAUGCCUAAUUGCGAUAACGUUUUGCCCGCAUACACAACAAAGUAGAUGCUGUGGCCCGACCGUCUAGUGAAAUUUAUCUCGUUCUCAGCUAGAAACCAUUUCAAUUUGAUCGCUCUAUUGCGCUACAGCAGUUGUCGUCUUGACUGGCUAUUGUGUAGAGCAUUCAUCCUCCCUUCAGCAUAUAG